AUGGCUGCCGUCGUGGCAGAAGUCCCUCUUGUUGCAGAUGCUGAAUUUGCUAUGGGGAUGGAAUUCAGUUCAAGGGAAGCUGUUAUUAGGGCAAUGAAAGAGUAUGCCAUUCGAAGAAGUGUAGACUAUCGGGUGUAUGAGUCAGAGUCAUUGACAUUUUAUGCCAAGUGUACAUAUUAUCGGAAAGCAUGGUUGGCUAAGCAAAAGUCAGUAGAAAAAAUAUUUAGAGGUUGGAAAGCAUCGUACGAAGCUUUGCUGAUAUGGUUUGAGGCCAUAUGUCAUAAAGAGCCAUCAGCUAUCAUCCAUUUUGAGAUUAUGCCUGCAUACCAAGGUGAUGACUUGGUAUAUGAUAUCCGGGAUGGUAACAACAAUAUCGUCCCAAUUGCAUUUGCUAUUGUGGAGGGAGAGACUUCUGAUGUGUGGCACUUUUUUCUUAGUAACCUACGACAACAUGUUGUGACUCGGGAUGGUGUGGGGUUGAUAUCCGACCGACACGAAUCCAUCAAUGCAGCUGUGGCUCGCAGUAACGGAGCAUGGUCACCUCCUAUAGCUUUCCAUAUGUUUUGCAUCAGGCAUAUAGAGUCAAAUUUUCUGAGAAAAUUCAAGGUACCGUACCUGCAAAAACUUGUCGUCAAUAUAGGAUAUUCGAGGACGGUGCGCGAGUACAAAGUGCAUUACAAGCGGUUACGAGAACGGGACGAGGCUUACACUAACUGGUUAAAUCGAAUCCUCCGCGAACAGUAUGCGUUAGCAUUUGAUGGUGGCUACCGAUGGGGUCACAUGACGAUGAAUUUAGUAGAAUGCAUCAACUCAGUCUUGAAGGGUGCACGUAAUCUUCCCAUCACUGCACUUGUCAAAGCAACAUUCUACAGGUUUAAUGAGUUGUUCACCGGAAAAAGAUCCGAGGCGGAGGCUUGGAUUAGUGGUGGUCAUAUUUUUUCUGAGCUUGUGACCUCAAAAUUGCAUGCAAACCAACUUGCAUCAGGGAACAUCCAGGUUAAUUGCUUAGACAGGAAGAAUGAGGUCUUUGAAGUGCGUGAGAUGCCAAAUGGGUUGGAGUAUGCCAUUGACCUUUGUCGGUACCGAUGUGACUAUGGUGAGUUCCAGGUAGACAGGAUUCUGUGUCGGCAUGUGUUUGCAUGUUGUGCAAAUCAAAGACUGGAUUGGCAAGGAUACGUCCAUGAUGUGUAUAAGAUGGACCAAGUUUGA